CUGAAGAGUUCAACGCUUCACAAUAGGCCUAUUGUUUUGGUUUUAUUUUGGGGAGUUGAUGUUUACUUUUCAAACUUGAAUUUCAACUUACUAGGCUUUUCUUACGAGUCUCCUCUAUUUCUGGAGGUUUUUAUUAGGGGAGUGAAGGAGGGCCGUGCAGGAUGAAUGGAACUACUUCUGAGAAGGCGACAUCGAGCCUUUCGUCUGAUCUCCACUCCACAGUGAGCUGUCACCCUGGCGCCAAUGAUUUGCCGACCCUGCCAAAGUCUUCUCCCAUGGACAUGGGGUUUUACAGCGGCCAGACGACGCACAGCCACCACGACUACUACCCCAGCCACAGUCAGUCCUGCUUGCAACCAAUGAAGCCAUACUCGUAUCAUCACCACUACAAUCUCCAUGGGGCCUACAUUGCCAAAUCGGAAAACCCUUAUCCUCAUACGCAAUAUGCUCAUUAUACCCGGGACGUACAGUCACAUCUCCAAGAUAUCGUGAAAGAGGAACCAGAGCCUGAGGUGAGAAUGGUCAACGGAAAGCCUAGAAAAAUCCGAAAACCUCGCACCAUAUAUUCUAGUUACCAGCUCGCUGCAUUGCAACAUCGCUUCCAGGGAACUCAGUAUUUGUCUCUUCCUGAGAGAACCGAACUAGCGGCUCAACUCGACGUGACACAAACACAGGUCAAGAUCUGGUUCCAGAAUCGCCGUUCCAAAUUCAAGAAGCUGUACAUGAAUGGGGAAGUUCUACUGGACCACAGCCCAGGAGCCAGUGACUCUAUGUCCUGCAAUUCACCCCCAUCCCCGGCCAUUUGGGACCGUAGUGUACCCACAGACCCCACCACUAGAGAGCAGGCUCCCCAGCCCUCCCUUGGCUCCACUCUAUGUUAUGUGGAGAACUACACUCAUCACUGGUAUCAACAGACCUCACAGUCACGCUCACAGCACUCAGGACUGGUUCUUCAGCACACAACACCACCUAAGAAUAUGGGGGCGGUGUACUAACACAAAAUGUACCGGUACAAACUGUGGGUUAACAACAUGGCGGCUCAUUGGAAAUAAAGCCUAGAGGGCUGUGAUGGGAUUUGUGUGCCAAUACAGAGGGCUGAACUUCAAGGACAAUUUGGGAAACAUGCACAAGGACUUGUUGUUUCUGUUAUAUACAAAUUGUAUACAAAAAGAACGGACAAAUCCAAGUCCAUAUUCUGUUUAGAUAGAGUGAUGAGAUGCUAAUGUUAUCAGUGGCUCAUUUCACUCUUUUGGAGAGAUUUGAUAUGAGAAUGGAUAGAAUGGCAGCCUAUUUGGUGGUACUUUCCUUUACGGUGGCCCACUGUGGGACCUUUAACGACCUUUAACUGAACAAUGAAAAAGGUCCUUUCAGAUUCUUUGAUCUACAGCUAUGCAAAUAUAUACCGUCAGUGCAUUCAACUCCAUUUGUUUCUUCACAAUAUGAAACACUCACAGAUACAUGGAAGUAGCGUGUACCAUUUUCAUACAUUUGUUAAUUAUACUUGCCAUUUGUUGCAUUUAUAUAGAUGUCAUCAAGGCGCAAUUCAACAUUUUAUUUCACAGUGGUUCAAAACAAAACAUCUCUUUGAAGUUGCAGAGAACUAACUAUAGGGGGAAAAUGUGUAUUUGGUACUCUGCGUUUGCAAUCGAUUUUUUGGUAAAAGCCAUAAACUCAGGUUAUUUAUAAUGUAGCCUAUUUUAUACUCUAUUGAUCUGUUAGUAGAAGUGCCUGAGAAAAACAUAUUUUAUAGGUAAUCUUUGGAGUGAAUAAUAAAGUUUUUGUUUUUAUUAAUUCUAUUUACACCAAUUGAAAUGAUGUCAUAUUUACGCACGCACGCACGCACACACACAAAGUGUAAAUGACCCCUUGAGAUAACAUUCAAAUCUUGUUUCCAUAAACUUCUUUAUACAAAUGAUCAAUUGAAACAGUUGUAAGGACAAAAUGGAAUAGUAGAAAUGAUGUAUUUACAGUCCAGACCAAGAAAUAUACAGGAGCUUAGGAGCUGGAUCUCUAUUGGGAUGGAAUCACAUGUUAUAUUACAGUUGUAUCUCAUUGGUACUACUUUCACAAGUAUGUAAUUUAUUUUUUCAACUUUAGUACAAAACUCCAAACUGGUAACACUUGCAACACAGCCAGUCUUACAUUCGAAACCUUUCAUUGUACAUUAAUUUUUUUUUGUAAACAUCUUUCACCACAUAACCAUUGAUCCAAAAUAUAAGUUCACUGUGAAAUAUAAUGAGUACAUUGGUUAAAUCACAAAAACACAACAUAAUGAUAUAUUCUCAAUUUAGUUAUUUGGCGGCUCAUAUUUGGCGGCACAACCAGUUAAUCCGAUACCAAAAACAUGUAAGAUACAUGUUUCAAUACUGUCCUUUGAAUGUAUUGUCCUUCAGUACUGUACAUUACACUGUAAGAUGCAUGUUUAGGCUAUACACCUGCACUAUCCAUUAAAAUUGACUGGACAUCA